AUGUCUGGUAAGGGCACUUGGUCACAAGUGGCUCAUUGGACGGGCUCUCCAACAUCCGACUGUCAUUUACUUGGCUCCAAGAGCAAGUGGUGA